AUGGCUUCAACAACAGGACCUGCUCGUGCCUGGCUAUCAUGUCUCAGCUUUGCUAUUUUGUUGGCAUUAAGCUUUUGGCUUCGCCCAGUUUCUUUACGGGUGUCUGGAGACGAGGUUCAUGUUCGUUCUCUUUCCGACGUCCCUAUCAUCCAGCUGCCAUCUCACAGCAUCCCGUCUGUCUACCGCCGCGAAGACUACACCUGCAGUGUCAACAGACCUUGUUCGAAUGGAGCAUGCUGUGGAGAAAGUGGCAACUCUGGCUAUGGGUCUGUCUACUGUGGUGCUGGCUGCACGUCAAACUGCAACGCAACGGCCGAGUGUGGCCAGAUCGCCGCAGUAGCAGGAAUUGAAUGCCCUCUGAAUACCUGCUGCAGCGAGUUCGGCUUCUGCGGCACAACAGAUGACUUCUGUACCGGCAACUGUCAGUCCAACUGCGAGCUCGACCCAUUGCCGCCCUCAAGUUCGCCCAGGAACCAGGCGCUGAGUAAAGCACACCCGGAGAGCCUCUUUCAGUUAACCGUCGACGCCAAGAAGUACAACUCUCAGCUGAAAGUCUUCAUUUCUGUUGGAGGCUGGACAUUUUCAGACAAUGAUACGGCAACCCAGCCUCUGUUCGGCGAGGUUGCAUCCACCCAAGCCAACCGUCAGAAAUUUGCUGAUAACACUGUCAAAAUCAUGAACAAAUACGGCUUUGACGGGCUUGACAAUGACUGGGAGUACCCAGGAGCCCCUGACCGCGGUGGCACUCCAGAGGACACCGAAAACUUCACGCUUCUAAUGAAGGUGCUCAGGUCGACUUUUAAUGCUGCACCGCGCUCACUUGGACUAACAUUGACGACACCGUCUUCAUACUGGUAUCUGAAAUGGUUCGGUCUGCCAGGUUUGUUGAAGUACGCUGACUGGACGAACCUGAUGACUUACGACCUCCAUGGCACUUGGGACGAAAACAGCCCCAUUGGCGCAAUUGUGCAAGGCCACACAAACCUCGCCGAGAUCCAACUUGCAGCCCAGCUGUUUUGGAGAGCCGGGAUCAAACCAGCACAGAUAGUCAUGGGGCUUGGUUUCUACGGUCGAUCCUUCCAGCUCUCAGACGACACAACAAGCGGCAUUCUGGAGUAUUACGAAAUACAGGCAAUUCUGACACAGAUCCCUGAUCUCAAGCCUGUCAUUGAUGAGACCGCCGCCGUCAAGUACAUCGUAUUUGAUAGCGACCAGUGGGUCUCGUAUGAUGACGAAGACACGUUUGGCACGAAGAUCGCUUGGGCCAAUGCAGUUGGCAUCGGAGGCUUGCUGAUCUGGGCCGUUGACACGGACGAUGACCAAUUCACCACUAUGAGCGACUUCAUGGGCAAGGCAGUCUCGCACGUUGACACCGUUACUCCCGAGCUUGACGAGACUACGCUUGCUGUUACAACCAGUAGCGUGAUAUCGAGUCUUGUGGGCGAGAACGGCCAGGAUUGCAAAGUUCUCAAGGACUAUUCUUGCAAGAACAAGGACGACCUUCGCUGUGGGACAGGCGAGACGAUGAUCGGCUGGGAUCGAGAUGGGUGUAGUGACAGCAAUUACGGAAAACCGAUCUGCUGCCCUGAGGCCACAGCACCUUCGAACUUCUUGUGGCGCGGAGGUACCGGUGGCCGUAAUUGCAACGGGCAAUUUCAUGUUGGCGAAGCUACUCUUUUCCAGUCACAUUGGGGCGGCGGUGGUUUUAGUGGUAUCAAAUCGGAGAGCGGCACUAACCAAUGUGGUGCAGGAGAAAAGGUCUUCUGCUGCGAGGCUGGUGACUGGAAGGACGUGGUUGAUGGUUGCCACUGGACUGAAUGGUGA